AUGUCUCUCCCGAAAACCUUUAAGCGCGCAGUAUUCCCCGGCAAGGGUGAAAAUCUCGUAGUCCAAGAAACUCCCUUGGUGCUUCCUGGAGACAAUGAGGUGCUGGUCAAGGUAGAAGCAUGUGGCGUAUGCUACAGCGACUAUUACGGCCAAUAUAACGUAUUAGGUGGUGGCUUUCCGAUAUGCCCAGGCCACGAGAUAAUUGGCAGAGUCGCAGCCAUUGGCAAUAGCGUCAAGUUAUGGAAGGUCGGCGACCGAGUCGGUGGUGGCUGGCAUGGCGGCCACGAUGAGACCUGCAAUGCAUGCAGCAAGGGGUGGUAUCAGAUGUGCGAUAACGAAGCCAUCAAUGGCGUUACUAAAAACGGUGGAUAUGGCGAAUACUGCAUCCUGCGUUCAGAAGCAACCGUCCGUGUCCCUGAGCACGUCGACGCCGCCAAAUAUGCGCCAAUCUUGUGCGCGGGCGUGUCUGUCUUCAACUCUAUCCGGAAUAUGAACAUCCCGGUCGGCGAGACAGUCGCCAUUCAAGGCCUCGGUGGACUAGGUCAUCUCGGGGUCCAAUAUGCAGCACACAUGGGAUACCGUGUAGUUGCCGUCUCCCGAGGCGCAGAUAAAGAAAAGUUCGCACGAGCGUUAGGUGCCCACGAGUACAUCGAUGCGAGCACGGAGAAGGACGUGGGUGCAGCCUUAAAAGCUCUCGGUGGUGCUAGUCUGGUUGUGGCUACGGCGCCUACUGCUGACUCUAUGACACCGUAUCUGAAGGGCCUAGGCAUACUCGGCAAGCUUCUAGUAUUGAGCAUUCCUGGUGAUUUAACAAUCGACACUGUUACUAUGCUCAAGUACGGCACUUCAGUUCAAGUUUGGCCCUCCGGACACCAAAAAGAUUCCGAAGACACCAUUAAAUUCACCGAACUCAAGGGCAUCGACUGUAUGAUUGAGACUUAUCCUCUGGAUCAGGCGCAAGCAGCAUGGGAUGCCAUGAAGAGUGGUACAGUUCGUUUCAGGGCUGUUAUCGUGCCUUGA